ACUUCUCCCCCCCCCCCAUCUUCGGUAUUCUGACCCUCUGAGGCGCACUUUUCCCUGAUGAUCCAUAACACUGAGCGGACGGAGACAUGUGGAAUAACCUGGGAAAAGCGCAUCGGUUCUUAAUACUUUGUCUUCUGCUGAGUGUGUGCGCCAAGGUGUGUCAGUCCAUGGGUUACUUCGAACUGCAACUCAUCUCGGUGGAAAACCCCAGAGGUCAGCUACAAAGCGGUGACUGCUGUGACUCGGAGGGUGACGGGACAGACGGUACCUGUGGCCCAGAUGAGUGUGACACCUACUUCAGGGUGUGCCUGAAGGAAUACCAGCAGGAGGUGAAGACAGGCGGACCAUGCACCUAUGGGUUAGAAAUCACCAAGGUUAUCGGUGGGAAUACUUUCCAGUUCAGGGGAGGCCAGAAAGGCGGGCACGACACAGGGAAGAUCGUCAUUCCGUUUCAGUUCUCUUGGCCGCAAGAUUACACUCUGAUAGUGGAAGCUUGGGAUAAAGACAAUGGCACCCACAGCACUGACGAUGAACUGCUGAUUGAGCGAAGCAUCUACAAAGGAAAGAUUAAUCCUGGCGAAGACAAACAAACAGUGGAAUAUAAAAGCUACAUUGCCACCAUUAAAUACACCGUGCGUGUGCGCUGUGAUGAACACUACUAUGGCAUCAGAUGCAAAAUCGUUUGUCGUCCCCGCGAUGACUAUUUUGGACAUUAUGUGUGUGACCAGUUUGGGAAGAGACAUUGUAUUGACGGCUGGAAGGGAGAGGACUGCAAAACAGCCAUCUGCAAACAGGGAUGUAGCCCCUUACAUGGGACCUGCAGCAUCCCGGGGGAAUGCAAGUGUAACUAUGGGUGGGAUGGCCCGCUUUGUGACAGGUGCCUGCCAUACCCUGGAUGUGUUCAUGGUACCUGUACUGAGCCCUGGCUGUGUACCUGUGAGAAGAACUGGGGUGGACUGCUUUGUGAUAAAGAUCUGAACUAUUGUGGAACCAAUCAGCCCUGUAAGAAUGGAGGAACAUGCAUGAACACAGAGCCAGAUGAAUACAACUGUGCUUGUCCUGAUGGCUACUCUGGCAAAAACUGUGAGAUUGCGGAGCACGCUUGCCUUUCUAACCCCUGUGCCAACGGAGGGACGUGUCAUGAAGUCCCUUCAGGGUUUGAGUGUCACUGUCCUGCUGGCUGGUCUGGACCGACCUGUGCCGAAGACACAGAUGAAUGUGCCUCCUCCCCCUGUGCUCAUGGAGGGACCUGCAUCGACAUGGAAAACAGCUUUGAAUGCCUCUGCCCUUCACAGUGGACAGGAAAGACCUGCCAGAUUGACGUUAAUGAGUGUGCGGGGAAGCCUUGCCUCAAUGCUUAUUCUUGCAAAAAUUUGAUUGGUGGAUAUCACUGUGCCUGCUUUCGUGGAUGGGUGGGCCACAACUGUCACAUCAAUAUGAACAGCUGCCAUGGACAGUGUCUGAAUGGAGGUACCUGUAAGAAUACGGCCAGAGGCUACCAGUGUGUUUGCCAGGCAGGCUUUGUGGGUCGCCACUGUGAGGUUGAGAGGAAUCGUUGUUCUAGCAGUCCGUGCAGAAACGGCGGCCGCUGUCAUGCCCUAGUGGAGGGUUUUGUGUGUGACUGCCCACAAGGCUUCACUGGGACAACCUGUGAGGUGCAGAAUGAUCGUUGUAAUCCAAACCCUUGCCGAAACAAGGCCCAGUGCCACAGCCUAAAAGGUGACUUCUACUGCAGUUGUUCUGAUGACUAUGAAGGCAAAACCUGUUCUGAGCUAAAGGACCACUGCAAGACUAACCAGUGUGAAGUUAUUGACAGCUGCACUGUUGCCGUUGCAACCAAUGACACUCAGCAGCAAGUGUGGCACAUUUCAUCAAAUGUUUGUGGACCACACGGUCGCUGCAUCAGCCUGCCUGCCGGGAACUUCAGCUGCUCCUGCGAUUCGGGAUUCACUGGCACCUACUGCCACGAGAACAUCAAUGACUGUGCUUCAUACCCAUGUAAAAACGGAGGCACCUGCAUUGAUGGGAUCAGCUCCUUCGAGUGUGUCUGUCCCGCCGGUUGGGAGGGCGGCCUGUGUGAUGUUGAUGUGAAUGAGUGCAGCAGCAACCCUUGUCAAAAUGGAGGCCAGUGUGUGGAUCUAUUUAAUGAUUUCUACUGCAACUGUGUAGAUAACUGGAAAGGAAAUAACUGUCAUUCACGUGAGAGCCAGUGUGACUCCAAUACGUGCAGAAACGGAGGAACUUGUUAUGACCGCGGAGACUCUUUCCUGUGCAGCUGCCCAUCAGGGUGGGCAGGAACCACCUGCAACACAGCUAAGAACAGCACUUGUGAUUUGGAUCCUUGUGAGAACGGAGCAACAUGCGUUGGAGGAGAACCUUUCACUUGCAUCUGCAAGGAUGGCUGGGAGGGGCCCAGUUGUGCACAAAAUAUCGAUGACUGCAACCCACACCCAUGCUACAAUGGUGGCAUCUGUGUUGACGGUGUGAACUGGUUCCGCUGUGAGUGUGCAUCAGGAUUUGCUGGACCAGACUGUCGCAUCAAUAUAAAUGAGUGUCAGUCCUCUCCCUGUGCUGAAGGUUCUACAUGCAUAGAUGGGAUCAACACCUACCAUUGUCUCUGUCCUCCUGGACAAGCUGGACCUCGGUGUCAGCAGAUGGUUGGAUUUGGAAAGUCAUGCCGUCAUGCUGACCUGCAGUAUCCUCAUGGUAGUCGCUGGGAAGAGGAGUGUAACACCUGUCAGUGUGUCAAUGGCGAUGUUCACUGUUCCAAGGUGAGGUGUGGUCGACGCCCCUGCAUCCUCCCGAAAGCUCUGUCGCCUUCAGACACCAGCCAUCAGUCCUGCCCUGGAGGCCUCGAGUGUGUCAAGCACCCGUUCCUCACAUGCCUCACUCCACCAUGUCAUCAGUGGGGCAUGUGCUCAACACCAGACCCCCCCACUCCAGUGCAUACCCAGUGUGAGCCCCAUAGUGGCUAUCUGGACAACAGUUGUGCUCACAUCACUCUUAUCUUCAACAAGGACAAAGUGCCGCAGGGCACUACUGUAGAGAACAUCUGCUCGGAGCUGAGGUAUCUUCCUGUGACUCAGACACUGGCUGUGGACCGAGCACUGAUCAUCCUCUGUGACCUGUCCUACUCAACAAGAGAUGCUGUGGAGGUUGCCAUGUCUUUUGAAAAGGAUGGACAAGCGAAGGAGAGUGACUGUGGAUAUAUCCAGAAGGCAGCCAGUGCCAUUACUGGCGCACUGUCAAAAUACCACAACACUACCACCCUUCACGCUGUAGUGGAGGCCAGUGUGGAGAUACAGGUUGAAUGCCCUGCUGAAGGUUAUUUAGUCCCUCUGCUGGGGGUUGUCUUCAGCAUCCUCUGGAUAUUCUGCCUUGUUGUUUGCAUUUGGUGGACUCGCAAAAGAAAGAAAGAGCGAGAGAGAGCCGCCCUGUCUGAAGACGGCACCACUAACAACCAGCUGGAGCCACUGCGGAGCAAUACCCCAAAGGACAACCGCGACAAAGACAUUCAAUAUGAAUGCAAGAAACUUAUGGGCCCCUCUGACAGAACAUGUGAUGGGCCUGAUGGUGAGGAGGAGCGGCAACUGGAGGGGGUGCUGGAGGAAGACAAGGAGAGGGCCCUGGACUUGGGGGAUAAGUGUCUGCCCCAUAAGGGGUCCAUAGCAGGAGCUCAGGACAGGAGCAUGAACAUAAAGGGGAGGGUGAUCUGCACGACGCGCAGCCGUAUGGUGAAAGCACCGCAUCGGACGGCAUACAGCCCCAAAGACAACCGGUGUAAAAACCUAAAUGCCGCCAAGCUUAGCGAAGACAUUAAAGACCACUGUGUGUGAACCAAUAAGAGGAGGGACCUUCAGACUUUAAAAUUCUCUCACAACAAGUGAAGACUAAGGAUGCUUUAAUUUUCCGUUUGUGUUUAUCAGGCCUUAUUUAAGUUUUUUAUUUGCAGCAUGGAUGCUUAUUAAUAUCAUGAAACACACAAAACAAAAAUGGCAUGAAAAAAAACCAAAAGCGCUUCUGGAGUCCUCACAAACCUUUCUCCUUUUUGCUUCAAAACACCACAGGACAGCUGAAGCUUUUUGUUUUUCACAUUUAGGUAAAAGUCCACAGUUGCUGGCUGUUUGCCUUCAGCUCAAAUCCUGACUUCUCAUUAAAGAUGUACAGAAACAUUUACAUUGUGUAUUGGUUGGCAUAGAAACCUGGAUGAUUGUGACACCCAGCAUGACUAUUUUUUUGGUUUACAGUUCUACAUAUGUCUUCUUUUUCCUUCCCGUUUUAUGUUUUAAGUCUUUUGCCCGUUCAAAAUAAGAGUUGUUGCCUUCAGUUUUUCUAAACAGUAGUCUUUCACAAUUUUUUUCUUUUUUAACUAAAGUGCCUCGAAUGAACCUUUCCCUUCUUUCUCACUCUUUCAGAUUCUUAAUACAUAUAAAGGGAUGCGAGUUUUAGUAACAAACGUCUGCCUGCAGCAAAUGCUUGUUUCAUUGUGAUGUACAGAACACAUGUAAAUAGGACAGAAAUGGCUAUGUAUAUUUGAUUUUAGUAAGUUAAGUGAUUUUGUUUUUGUUUUACAGUAAUUCUAAGGAAUAAGGUUGCCUGUGGGCUUUGAUUUAGUUUUUUAUGUCAUUCCGUUUAUUACUGGCUGGUUUUAUUUUAAUGAUAUUAAGACUUUGAGCGACGGAAAUGAUAUUUUGUAUAAGUGAUUAUGUUUUCAGCCCUUCCUGAAUCUUUGUUCGAAAAUGUACUGCUUUUUUUUAAAUCUUUUUCAAAAAUCACUGAAGACGUAAUUUUUCACUGUUCUAUCACUGGUCCCAGUAUUGCUUUAUUUUACCUAGCCAAGCCCAACAUAAAAAAAAAAACAGAUAUAAAUGUUGUUUAGUACAAAGCUUGGACUUACACAUCCUAUGACUUUAUUGUAUUGGUUUUGUACCAUCAUGUAACAUGAUAACAUGGUACAUUAUUUAAGUCCUGUUAAAUUUUAUCCAAAAGGGAUUGCCCAGUUAACCACUGAUGACAUCCCUUUACGUCCAUGUUGCCCUCUUUCCUUUAUCUGAAUCCAGAUCCUGAUCAAAUCAAUAGGAGUUGUGUCUGAAAGCUUUUUUUUUAUUAUUUAUUCAUGUAUCUUGUGCUCCCUACACUAUAAAAACACUCUCAGAAGUGGAUUUUUGACACUUACUUAUCAACGGUAUUCGCUCAGCCAAUAUAAUGACGACUGACUAUGCACAGUUAAGCCAUUGUAGAUAGUGGCUCCCCUUUACAUGGUUUUAUGCAGGCCUUGCAGUAUGUUACAAUAGGUGCAACAUGACAUGCAUAAUCGAAAACGCUUUAAAGCUGCAGUAGGGAGUUCUGAGAAAACAGUGGACUUAGCCCAAAAGUUUGAACAAGCACACCUUACAGGUCCCUCCCCCUUGUAACAGUUUUAACAAAAAAUUUUAAAAUAGAUUUUUACAAAUGUUACCUACUGCAGCUUUAACCCUCAUUGUGAAGUGUGGUGGAGGCAGCAUCAUGAUGUGGGGAUACUUUGUUUUAAGUGGGGAGAGGAAAGCUGGACAGAAUUGAUGAGAAGAUAGAUCAAGAUGUUAACUCGUGCAGGGUGUUCUGCUGCAUGUUGUCCUUUUAGUUUACUGGACUAAAAGUGGCACAAAGAAUAUGUUACGUGAACCAGCUUAGAGUCGGGUCUUACAUGCAACUGGUUUCUAUUUUCAAUACACACUUUAUGGGUCACAGGGUCCAGAUAGGUGACUCUCAGCACCACUGGGAGUCACUUAUUAGCCUCCUCCUGUUCCACUUCCAGGUCUACAGUUUUACACUCAGUUGUCAGUGGAGAUGUUUCAGGGUGCCUGAACCCUCCCUGCCCUUUAGCAACUUCCUCAUCACAGAAUAACAAAGGCUUCAUGAUAUGAAUGGGAACGUUCAUACUGUAGACAGUAGUGUCUGCGCAUUUUGUUUCCCUGUGUUCUGCUUUCCUGGUUUAAUGAAGGGAACAAGUUGUAUAGUUGUUAAUGUUCACUGUUGUGAACGUUUACAGCAAUGAUGGGGAAAAUUUCAAAAGUUGUCACUAUUUGUGUAUGAAAAUUGAGUUUUUUAAAACAUUUUUUUGUUAAUGUUGAUCAUAAAAGAUAACCUAAAUUUAAUUUCUAAUUGUAAAUUUUACAUUAUGUUUGCCCUAGAAGAGGAACUGAAUGUGCAAAACUUUGUAAUAAUUCUGUAAAAAGAAAAAUUGAAAAGAAAAGUCUUCGUUUGUUAGCUCAGAAAAAUCCUAUUAUUUAUUAAAGUAUUUUAUACCAAACAUGA